ACGUGGCGGAGUUGGUCUCGAUGGGUGGUCCGGCGAGGUCGAGGGCGCCGGCAACGCGACUCUGAAGACUUCCUGCGAGACGUCGGCCGUCGGACGUCUCCUUUCGCAGGCCGCCUCUUUCCGCUCCUUUGCGGCCAUUUUGCUGGAUGGUCGCGUGGUCACCUGGGGCCCCGCAGACUGUGGCGGCGACAGUCAGGCUGUUCGCGACCAGCUGACCCAGGUGAAACAGAUCCAAUCCACAUGGCAGGCCUUCGCUGCUUUGAAAACUGAUGGCUCAGUGGUGACCUGGGGCGAUCCGUCCAGUGGAGGAGACAGUCGCUGCGUGAAGGAACGCCUGCGGAACGUCAUCCAGAUCGCGGCCACCUCGCGGGCCUUCGCUGCCUUGAGAGCGGACGGAGAGGUGGUCACCUGGGGACUUCAAGAGUUUGGUGGAGAUAGCUCCAAAGUCCAGCACCAACUUGCACAGGUGACUCACAUUCAAGCGGGAGGUCAGUCUUUUGCAGCACUUCGUUCUGAUGGCCGCGUCGUGUCAUGGGGACACCACUCCAUUGACCUGCGUCGCGUGCAAGACUUCCGGCAUGUGCAGAGCAUUGGCGCCUCGCGCAGUGCGUUUGCGGCCACCACUGCGGAUGGAAAGGUGGUGACUUGGGGAAAUGCCUCUGAGGGUGGCGAUAGUGGUGCUGUGCAAGAUGAGCUCCAGCGCUUGUGAAGCUGUUUAGCAAACGGAAUCGAACGAACCCAUUGGCCUUUGGAGGGUUGGGAUGUUGGUCUUUCUGGCGCUUGGUGGUGUGGCACUACUUGCAGACAGAUCGCUGUCGCUUCAAGCAGAUGCCAAAAACGCCACUCAAGUACUGCAAGGCUGGCUUCACAGCUCAUUUGCUUGCUUGCUUGCUUCCUUGCUUGCUCCAUUAGAUGAUGACCAUGCCAUACUUUUGCAGAGGUCCAACUUAUUCUGCAGCUGUCAAAGCGAGCGUGGGUUAACCACUUUGAUCCAGCUUCGGGAUGCGCCGCCUACGCCUCCGCCACUCGUGGAAUCCUCCGCAACAGGAUUUGUUUGCACUCCGGCUUUGAUGCGACACAACUGACCGAAUGGUGCAAAGUGAUGAACGACCAUCGCUGCGAUGACAUAUGUCACCAAUUUUCACCAUCUGAUUUGGUCAAGAUUGGUGCAGCAGAGUGAUUGGGUUUCACUUAGAUGAUUUGAUUGACCGGACAAGUCCCUGGCAGUUAGGACAUCUGCCGAGCUCGGAAA